GUCAUGUCAGUCAAAUAAAUUCCCGAUCUGCUGUGGUGGUCGUUUUCGUUUGUGAAUGAGAUGUUGGGCAAAUAAAUAUUGAAUAUCUUACGAGAAGGAUAAAGUAGCAGCGGAUUGUUAAUAAUUUAAUAAUAACUACCAUUUCUAACCCACAUAAAACGCAACAGAACAUUUCUAACCCACUGAAAAUUAAUUAUAAACAUAUUAUAAUAGUGCACCACAGCCAAGCAGCAUAACAACUGUAUAUCAAAAUGAUGCCUGGCAGGAUUGGCAAUCUACCAAUAGCUAACGAAAACCCUUUAGGUCUUUCGUGGCACGACUCUGCAUGGAUACCUUUGCUCAGUCCGUCUAAUAUUAUGGACUAUUUUUCAGAAAGAUCAAAUCCAUUUUUUGAUCGUACUUGCAAUAAUGAAAUUGUGAAGAUGCAGCGUCUCAGCAUGGAUCAACUUCAAAAUAUGACAGGACUGGAAUACAUAUUGUUGCAUGUGCAAGAUCCAAUCCUGUAUGUUAUCCGCAAGCAACAUAGACAUAGUCCAACACAAGCAAUACCUCUGGCUGAUUAUUACAUUAUCGCUGGCAUUGUCUACCAGGCACCUGACCUCGCUAGUGUUCUCAAUUCUAGGCUGCUAUCUGCUGUCCAUCACCUGCAGUGUUCCUUUGAAGAGACAAUGUCAUACUCAAAAUAUCACCCUAGUAAAGGUUACUGGUGGGAUUUCAAAGCCACUAAACCAGGUCUAAGUCCAUACAACAGUGGUCAGUCCUCGUCAAAAGAUGUGAGCAGUACACCAAAGGAGGAACCAUCCACUUUGUUCCAGCGCCAGAGGGUGGAUAUGUUGCUCGCUGAGCUAGUCCGCCAGUUCCCUCUGCCUGUCACCCAGGCACCCAGCCAAGCAAAUGGUGUCACAGUAAAGACAGAAAAUUCUAUCGACAAAAAUGGUGAUAAAGCCACAGAUGGCAAUGUAAAUAACAUAACAAUUAAACAAGAACCUGCAGAUCCAAGCAGCUCGGACAUGAUAAAUGGAGGUUUACAAGGACAUGCUGAGAUCAAAACUGAAAUUAAACAAGAAAAUAUGAAGCCACCUCCAGAAAAAAAGCCUAGAAUAUGAAUUACAAUUUUACACAAUUAUUAUUUAAGUUGUAAUGAGUAAAAUGAUUUCUUAAUAUUUUAA